AGACUGCAUCCCGAAGUGGCGGUCGAAGUAGAGCUCAACCUCCUCCGGUACCUGCUCGUUCGCACAGGCGUGCUCGUCCUCAUCCUCUUUCUCGUUCUGAUUCGACUUCACCUAAACCUGGCUCUGUCCCUAUGGGCCAUCAAUGCAAAAAAUUUGCUUUUCCUCCGCCACCUCCUGCUGAUGGAAAACGGAUUGGACCCCGGCCAUGUCCAGUAUGUUACGUCCCUGUGGAGCAGGCAAUAGCUAGCAUGCAGUUCCCAGCAAUAUCUCCAGUACUUCGUAAUCUCACGUACAUUCAUGAUGAAGAUCCAGUCAAAUCUGAACAGCAUGGAGUUUCAGAUUUUGGAGGAUAUCCAUCUCUAACGGAAAGAGAUGAUUCCUUUGAUAUAAAGGAGUCUAUGAGAGUGCAUUGUGGAUUCGUCAAAGGACAUAAGCCUGGUCGUCAAACCGGGUUUGAUAUUGAUGAAGCUGACUUGGAGGAGAUGGAGCAAUAUCACGAUGUCAUUGUUGCAUCAGCUAUAUUUGGAAAUUACGACAUAAUCCAAGAACCUCGAAAUAUUAGUGAAGCUGCAAAGAAAAAUAUUCCUUUCUUUAUGUUCAUUGAUGAAGAGACGGAGGCAUACAUGCAGAAUUCUAGUGUGCUCAAUAGUAGCAGGAGGGUUGGAUUGUGGAAAAUUAUAGUGGUUCACAACAUCCCUUAUGCUGAUGCAAGGCGUAAUGGAAAGGUCCUAAAGCUUCUUUUGCACAGGCUCUUCCCUAACGUUCGCUAUUCCAUUUGGGUUGAUGGAAAGCUCCAGCUUGUUGUGGAUCCCUAUCAAAUUCUUGAGAGGUUCCUAUGGCGCGAAAAUGCUAGUUUUGCAAUUUCUAGACAUUAUAGGCGCUUUGAUGUCUUCGAAGAGGCUGAGGCUAAUAAAGCUGCGGGAAAGUAUGACAAUGCCUCUAUUGAUUCUCAGAUAGAAUUUUAUAAAAGAGAGGGCUUGACUCCAUAUUCUGUAGCCAAGCUCCCUAUAACUAGUGAUGUUCCUGAGGGGUGUGUGAUCAUGAGGGAACAUAUUCCUAUUACGAAUCUGUUCACCUGUCUAUGGUUCAAUGAAGUGGAUCGAUUUACUGCCAGGGAUCAAUUAAGUUUUUCCACAGUGAGGGACAAGUUAAUGGCAAAAGCUGAUUGGUCCAUCAAUAUGUUUCUGGAUUGUGAAAGGCGGAACUUUGUGAUUCAGGCAUACCACAGAGAUCUGCUGGAGCAGAUGCCGCCUCCAGCAAGUCCCGCAAUACGAGCUCGACUGUCUUCAACCAUCAUCAGUACAUCUGGAAGAAGAGCUCCUGUGAAAAAGGGUAUUAGCAGCAAGCGCUCGAAGAGUGAUAGGAGGCGGCACCGGAAAGUCACUGCAGGCACUAGGGACAGAAGUUCCUUUUGAACUUCGUGUACAUUCUGAUUCAUUCGUUCAUUUAUAUAUUUUGGGAGAGGAGGAUUUCUUCAAAGAGGCAUAGGCUGAUUCCGGAGCUAGGAAAAGCUCAAAAUUUUUGAAAGUGUCGAUAUCUAUUCUCAUUUUUUUUGUACAUACACUUUAUUCCAAAUAAUUAUACCACCUGCCCGUCGAUACCAAGUGCUUUUCU